AUGCUGGUACCAUUUAUAGGAAGAAUAUCAUUAGCGGACUACCUAAUAAUAAUCUCAUUAUACAUCGAAUUCAUCAUGUCAUUCUUCUUGAAAUUAAUACCACAACCAAUAAUCAAUUUCUUAUCAUCGAUAAUAAAUUACACCACAAACUUGGAUGACUCCACUAGAGAACAAAAAUUAAGAUUGGCACCAACAAUCCAUGAAAUGUGUGCUCAAUUCGAUAUCAACAUAGAAGAUCAUUUGGUAAGAACCGAGGAUGAUUAUAUCCUUACUUUACAUAGAAUACCACCAAAGACAAACAUAACAGGUAGUGGUACAGGUAAAAUCGUAUACUUACAUCAUGGUCUUCUAAUGUGCUCUGACAUUUGGUGUUGUCAGUUAGACAAAAAUAAAAACUUACCGUUUGUUUUACAUAACCUAGGCUACGACGUUUGGAUGGGUAACAAUCGUGGUAAUAAGUAUUCCACAGCGCAUCUUUAUGAAAUGCCUAAAUCCAAGAAAUUCUGGGAUUUCUCCAUUGAUGAAUUCGCAUUCUUUGAUAUCCCCAACUCGAUCGAUUUCAUUUUAAACCAUUGUCAACGUGAUAAAUUAAUUUGUAUCGGAUUCUCUCAAGGAUCUGCCCAAAUGUUUGCCUCUUUCUCUAUUAACGAAUAUUUGAAUUCAAAAGUCUCACAAUUCAUUGCCAUUGCACCAGCUAUGACCCCCAAGGGAUUACAUAAUAGAAUCGUGGAUACAUUUGCUAAAUCGAGCCCAGCUUUAAUGUAUCUAUUCUUUGGGAGGAAUAUCCUAUUACCCAGUGCGACAACAAUUUGGCAAAAGACAUUACAUCCAAAGAUUUUCAAUUUAUGUAUAGAUAUAGGUAACAGAAUUUUGUUUAAUUGGACUUCGAAAAAUAUUAGUGAACAACAAAAAUUAAUUUGUUAUUCGAAAUUAUAUUCCACUACAAGUGUUAAAUCUGUAGUUCAUUGGUUCCAAAUUUUAAAAUCUCAAAAAUUUCAAAUGUUUGAAGCUUCUGAUAAUAUGUUUAAUUCCAUUACAAGGCCUUAUCAAAUUUCAAGAUUCCCCACAAGAACAAAUAUUAAGAUUCCAAUCUUAUUAAUUUAUGGUGGUAUGGAUUCAUUAGUGGAUAUUAAAGUAAUGAAAAAAAAUCUACCACAAACGGGGGUGUUUGAUAUUAAAGUGGAAAAUCAUGAACAUUUAGAUUUGAUUUGGGGUGAAGAUACUGAUACUCUGGUUAUUUCCAAAAUUAUCAAAUUUAUUGAUUUCUUUGAUGGUGUUUCAAGAAGAAAUUCGUUAUUACAAAAAACUUUAAAUAAGAGGAUCAUGUCAACUAAGAAUUAUAACACUAGCGGCAUCAGUACGAAUGAAGAACAGCAUCAUCCUUAUGUAAUGGAUCUUGAAGAUAAUACACCUAUAAUCCCAUAUUCAAAUGAAACCUUAAUAAUUAAUGAUAAUGUUAGUCAAAAAGAUGAAAGUGUGAUGCUUGAGAAUCAAUUCGCAUCUACAUCUUCCAUUGGUAACACCCCUUCUAUGUUAAGGCAUGUUAAGACAAGAUCGAAAACAAAAUUGAAUUCAGAUAAACCGGUCAUAACGAGUACAAUGAGAAAUUAUAUUAAUAAUACUAGAUCAAUUAUUAACGAAUUAGAUAAGAAGUCCCUUGCUGAAAAUAAAAAUAAUAACAUCAGUAAUAAUAAUGAUAACCACGAAUAUUCAAUUGGGUUGUCUCCGACAGCAUCAUCUUAUAACGGCGAAGACGAUAUCGUAGGUAAGAAUGACCAAGGCAUAUAUGUUGAAGAGCUGGAAGCUUCACCAUCGAAUGUUAAAGCUACCCUUGAUAAUGAAUUUGCAUUGAAUAAUGAUACAUGUACAGACGACGAAGAUGAAGACGACGAUGACGGAGAUGAAUCUAAUUCGAUUGAUCGAAUUAACUCCAAUGAAAAAUUAAAAAACAAAAUACAACAAAGGAAAUUAAGUAAAUACUUAUCCAACGAAGUCCAGGCUAAUACAUAA